CCCCCAAAAGGUCUAGGCACGGCCCAGGGGCUAGUGAGACGUCCUCACGGGUCCCUGAGCAAGAGGGGCCUAGCACAUCAGCAGCAGCGGCAGAAAAGGCAAAAGUGCGGGCCAGGAAGAUACCUUCCCAGCCCCAUCAAAACCAGAAGCCGACAACCGCUGGAGGAAGACCCUCUAGCUCGGCACCGCCGGUCAUCGGACCCCGUCCGACUUACGCGGAGGCUGCCAAGAAAGCCACCCUCAUCAGGGUGGCUAUACUCCCGGAGGGUUUCCCGGCGGCCAGCCUGACCGCAGAGGAACUAUCCGGGCUCCAGGAGUCGGUCAUGGACGAGAUGCUCACGUCAGCGUGGAGCGGUCCCGUCGUGUUCAGGGGAAUCCACUUCAGGGUGGGUUACCUGAUUAUCGACUGCCUGGAUGAAGGCUCAGCUGAGUGGCUCAAGACUGCCGUACCUCAGCUGCGGACGUGGAAGGGAGUACCCCUAGAAACCCGCACGGGAGCAGACAUCCCGGCAGCAUAAAACGCCACGUUGUUCUGCCCGAGGAGCUCCGACCGGACCAAUGAGGAAAUAUUGGCCUUCAUUGGUUUCCAAAACCGGGUCGAGACGGACGCCUGGAAGGUCAUCUCCAGGAAGAACGACGGAGCUGGUGCACUCCUGGUCGUAGGGAUGGACCAGACCGGAAGGGAUGAGAUAGUGGAGCGUGACCACAAACUCAACUUCCGGUUUGGCCACGUCACCGUGAGCGGUCUGAAAAAGACCAAGAGAGCUCCGGAAGAGACGCCCAAUGACGGCACAUGCAAGGCUGUCGAGGAUACCCUCGAACAACCGAAUGUGGAGCCGAAGUCACAGAGUGGUGAACAGGAUGAACAAUCCAUCACCAGCAUGGACAUUGGGGACGACCAAGGGGAUGGACACCCUAUGUCAUCCCAGGAGCUGGCCCAGGAGCUCCUCCUGGACGAAAGCUGCGAAGAAGCCGAGGUUACCGUGAUAGCCGGUGGUGGAGAGACUUGCUCUCUCUCUUCACCAGACCUCACGGAGCAUCAAACCUCGGAGUGAUGGCUGCAACAUGCAGCACUCGGCUAGCCCAGGUAAACAUCCAUCGGGCCAAAGCAGCAUCUGCUGUCUUGGCGAGGAUGUUCACCUCCCAACACCUCGGGCUAGCCCUUGUACAGGAGCCAUGGUGGCACCAUGGCAUAAAAGGCCUGUACACGAAGGACACUAAGAGUUCAUGAGCAGAGACUGCGUCGCCGUAACCAUCAACGGCACAGAAGCUGCACCGAAACUAGCAGUGGCCUCCGCCUACUUUGCCGGGGAGGAGGCCUGUCCACCGCCAGGAAUACCCGGGCUAGUAGACCACUGCCGGACGAACAAGAUCCCCCUCAUCAUAGGAUGUGAUGCCAACGCACAUCACGUGAUCUGGGGUAGCACGGAUGUCAACAACAGAGG